UCUUUUUACCAUCUGAGCCACCAGGGAAGCCCACUGGCAUGUGGGAGCUUCCCAAGUUUUAUGUAGGUGACUGACGUGUUUGAAAUUCACAAAACUCACCGUAACUGUAGUGGCUGUAUGGUGGAUGUAGUGGCAAGGAAUACAGAAGUUCCUUUGCAGAAAGAGGGUUGGUAAAAAGGUCCAUUCCACAGAGGCGAUGAGGCAUCACCAUCAGCCUACUAAAACAAUGAGGUCAGCUACUUAGGAAGCAGAGACUAUAGAACUGAAUGGUUAGCGGAAGAGAGGAAUGGAGGCAGUUGACAAUGCAAAGGCCAGAUCUUUUAAUCAUUUUUGAACCUGUUCCAGAUUGCUCAAAGCACUUCUGAUCCUUCACUGAGCCUGGAUAUGUAUAAUUGUCAGUUAUCUCCCAUUUAUUUCCCUUCUUUCUUUUCUGUCCCCCAAAUCCACUUAUUUUUGAUCUAUUUGAUAGUCUUUUUUUUUUUUUUUUUAAAUUUUGGUCUUGUUAUCCCCUUUUAGCACACAUCCUGGCUAUACCAGUGUGGUAAUACACAACAGAAUCUAAAGGCAGUGUGAUAAAGUGGAAAGGGCUAGUUUCCAGUCUCACUCCUGCCAUGCAAUUCCUAUAUGACUCUGGUUAACUCACUUCACUUCUUUAGACCCCCAACUUUUUUUAUUUAGAAAAUGAAUCUUUAAGGUCUUAUCCAUUUCAAUUUUCCUAUCUAUACAAGAUCAUAGGAGCUUAACAGAUAUUUUCAUAAUAGUGAAAUCUACCAUCUCCAAUAUAGUACUGCAAAAUUAGAAUGGUAGAUGGCAUGCAUCUUGAAGUUUGUUCCAAGAAACAUACUUAAUCUGCUUUGACAAUAGAGGAAUAAAGUUUGAAAUAGGUACUGUACUACAGUACAUUUCCUGGAGUUAAAGUGACUUCACUUGAAAUCAUGGCUUUGCUACUUACUAGCUUGUUACCUUGGGCAAACUCUUUGGUAUCUCUGUGCCUUAGUCUCUUCAUCUAUAAAAUAGAGGUAAUAAUAUAUCUCAUAAGGCUACCAUGGAGAUUAAAUGUUUACUAGAUAUGUAACAGCAACUGUAAGAGAAAGCCCUAGAUAAGUAUUAGCUAUUAUUAUGUUCUAGGCAGAAAAGUACAAACUCUUGUGCCUCUCCUUAAAGAGCUCACUCUCUGUCAGAAAGAUUUUCAUACAAAUGACUGUAACUCAAUGUUCUGAGUUCUGUAAUAAGAACUUACUACAAAAAGUGCUUGUAGGAGCAGAGACAAAAAAUGCCUCUCUUAUCCGAGAGGGAAAGGUAGGGACAGGAUAAUUUUCUUGAGAGUAAAGUUUGAGUCUGGUCAUUAAAGAAGAGAAUUUAAUGUUAGGAAUAUUUAAAGAAGAGAAUUUAAUGUUAGGAAUAUUUGGGGAUAUGAAGCAGUGAGAGGCAUCGUGAGGAAGGCAGCUUCUUGCAGCAAAAGACAAAUAGGUUCUGAGCAAAGGGAGGAUGUGUGGUAGAUUAGAGGUAGCAGUAGAUGACAGAACAUCAUCAGUUGAGAGUCUGUUAGAAACACAGGAUCUUAGUCCCUCCUGAGAUCUACUCAGUCAAAAUCUGUAUUUGAAUAAGAUACUUAGGUGGUUCACUGAACACUUAACUUUGCGAAGCACUAGCCCAGGGCAGACUCUGGAGCCAAGGUGCUUAGGUUUAAAUCCUCGCUUUACCAGUUACUUCUUAUUAUUUUUCUGGCUGAGUCACUGCAACAUGGGAAUUGGUUCCCUGACCAGGGACUGAACCCAUGCCCCCUGCAGUGGAAGCACAGAAUCCUAACUGCUGGACUGCCAGGUAAGUCCCACCAUUUGCUUAUUAUGUGUAACUUUAGGCAAGCUAUUCACUUCUUCCUAUGCCUCAGUUUCCUCAUUUGUAAUUAGAGAUAAACAGCAUCUACUUCAUAAAAGUUUUAAGAAUGGAAUGAAUAUUUUAAAAGCUUAUAACAGUAUUGGCACCUAUCAAGCACAAGGAUAGGAUAAGCUAUAAUAAUUCCUGACUCAUACACUAAUUAUGGUCAGAGUUGGUUUUAUAAGCAGAUUGUUUUUCCAUUUCUACUCCAUUACCUGUCACCUUGACAUAUGUUGUAGAGGAAGACACUUGGAAGUCAGAUGGGGGGAAAACCUAGCUCCCUUCAAUUCCUAGCUUUGUGGAAUAGGGUGAGUUCUUGAUCUGUGUUUUUCUUUUUCAUAGUAGGGGGUAAUCUUAAUUAGACUUGGCUCACUAAGAUGCUAUGAGACUCAAAUCAAAGAAUAUUCAAAAUCUUCUAUUAAAGUUUCAUUUAUCAUCUUUCCAAGAGUUAAGAAAUUGGUCAAAAAACAGCUGAUACUUUAAUUUAGUAGGAAACAGAUGGAAGAGAAUGCAUUGGAAGAUCAGGGAUGGGGUGGUGGGAGACUAUUUGUCCCACUUCCUGACUUUCUCAAGGGAUAGACUUGCGUUCCAACACUAUAAAAUUUUCCUGGGCCUCCGAAAGGAUUCUUAGCUAAUGGGCAAAUAGUACACACAUGUUGUUAUUUAUUUUUCCUACCUAACCUACAAUGGAGAUCCAAUAACUUUUCUGUACGUUGUGUAUCACAUCCCAGUAGGGUAAAAUUAACCUAACGUUUAUAAGAAAACUUUGUUAAUAUCAUAAAGCAGAUUAAAAGCUCCUUUCCAUUUGAACAUUUUAACCAGAGCAGUCGUUUCCCAAAGAAAAAAAUUUGAAAGGGAAAUCACAAAAUUUAAUUAGAUCUUCAACAAUAGCAGGUACUGGCUUCGAUCUUACAGCAGCCAUUAACUAUAUAUUGGGCCCCUUUUCUCAUCCAUUAAAUAGGGGUAACAAUACACUCUUGACACAAUUGUUCUGUGAUUAAGAACAAAGGCUGAAGGGUGAACCUGCCAAGUCGCGGGGCCUCAAGUAAAUCCCUUCUCCUUCUUGCCUUUGACAGAAAUGGCACUAUCAUUCCCACUUCACAGCAGAUAAACCCGAAGUCGAGAACGCUCGGGUCCCGCUUCUCUACUUGCAACUCCGCAACCCCAAGUUCGGGUACGCCCAACUGCGGUGUCCACUGUGUCAGGUCUAGCAGCGUUGAUGCUCUCUCCUCGAGCUGCGUUUGGCGGGGCUGGAGGCCGUGAUAAUUGCUCCCAAUACUCUUGAGGAAUCCGAGCCUAAUCCUCAACGGCGCUUCAGGGACGAACAAACUUUCCAACCGUUCCUAACCCCGCCUAGAAUAAAGGUCGCAGGGAACCAUCUGCAGCAGCCACCAACGCCAUCUUGUCCACUACGUGUGACGCCACACGUAGCGGAACACGUAGCGGAGAGCCAGCCCAUUGGCUGAGAGAUCCGAGGAGAGGCGCGCGAAGCCGGGAGAGGAGGGUAUGGAAGAAACUACAAUCCCAGCUUUCUUUGCGCGUGCCCACCGAGAGCGAAAGAGGAGGGAGUUUGAGUUCAGACCACAAUUCCCAGAAAUCCUCGCGAUGUCUCUCCUUUGCUUUCAAAACGUGGAGGAAAAGAGGGACAGAAGAAUGGAGAUCUUCUGGUGUCCGUUCUUCGAAAGGCGGGAAAGGCGAACUACACCUCCCGACUUGCAACGCGCGGCUGCGCCUGCGCCCUGAUACCUGUCGCCAUCUUGCCCGUUCAGAGGCACCGCAAACAAACCCAAUUCCUGGUGUCCCCUAGUCUUGGCGGAGGAGCCUUUUAGAUGAGCUCAGAAAAGCCGGGCAGGGAAGAUAAGCUCUUUGGGGCUACCAAAAAGAAGCAGCAAUGCCUGUUGUGUGGCCAACACUUUUGGAUCUCAGCAGGGAUGAAUGCAAAAGGAUUCUUCGAAAAUUGGAAUUGGAGGCAUAUGCUGGAGUUAUCAGUGCACUUCGGGCACAGGGAGAUCUCACCAAGGAAAAGAAAGAUCUUCUUGGAGAACUCUCAAAAGUUCUUAGCAUCUCAACAGAACGCCACCGUGCUGAAGUUCGGAGAGCAGUAAACGAUGAACGGUUAACAACAAUUGCACAUAAAAUGAAUUUAUCCUUAUAUUUGGGUGAAAGACCAAGUUACAGUAUGUCUGGACCUAAUAGUUCCUCAGAAUGGUCCAUUGAAGGUCGUCGCCUGGUACCCCUGAUGCCCCGGCUGGUUCCCCAAACUGCCUUCACUGUAACAGCGAAUGCUGUUGCCAACGCGGCCGUCCAGCACAACGCGUCUCUCCCGGUGCCUGCGGAAACGGGAAGCAAGGAAGUAGUGGUUUGCUAUUCCUACACAAGUACCACGUCAACCCCAACCUCUACCCCUGUUCCAAGUGGCAGCAUAGCAACGGUUAAGUCUCCAAGACCUGCCAGUCCUGCCUCCAAUGUAGUUGUCUUGCCAAGUGGAAGUACUGUUUAUGUCAAAAGUGUUAGCUGUUCAGAUGAAGAUGAAAAACCCAGAAAACGAAGGCGAACAAACUCUUCUAGCUCCUCGCCUGUUGUCCUCAAGGAAGUUCCAAAGGCUGUUGUUCCGGUCUCAAAGACGAUCACUGUGCCUGUGAGCGGCAGUCCCAAGAUGAGCAACAUCAUGCAGAGCAUUGCCAACUCCUUACCACCCCACAUGUCUCCUGUGAAAAUAACCUUCACCAAACCGUCAACACAGACGACAAACACAGCAACACAGAAGGUUAUUAUAGUGACCACAUCACCAAGUUCAACCUUCGUGCCCAACAUUCUCUCCAAAUCCCAUAACUAUGCAGCAGUCACUAAGCUUGUACCAACAUCAGUCAUUGCUUCCACAACCCAGAAGCCACCAGUGGUUAUAACUGCUUCACAGUCCUCUCUGGUCAGUAGUAGCAGCAGUGGCAGCAGCAGUUCUACACCAUCACCUAUUCCUAAUACAGUUGCAGUAACAGCUGUGGUUUCUUCCACACCAUCUGUGGUCAUGUCAACAGUAGCACAAGGUGUAUCUACAUCAGCAAUCAAAAUGGCAUCAACCAGACUUCCUUCUCCCAAAAGCUUGGUGGGUGCCCCAACUCAGAUUCUUGCACAGUUUCCUAAACAGCAUCAGCAGUCUCCUAAGCAGCAGUUACAUCAAGUGCAGCAACAGACGCAGCAGCAGGUGGCCCAGCCUUCUCCAGUGUCUCAUCAGCAACAGCCUCAGCAGUCUCCUUUGCCACCUGGUAUCAAGCCUACCAUUCAAAUCAAACAGGAGUCAGGUGUUAAAAUCAUCACACAACAAGUUCAACCAAGUAAAAUCUUACCCAAACCAGUGACAGCAACUCUGCCUACCAGUAGCAAUUCCCCUAUUAUGGUGGUUAGCAGUAAUGGUGCAAUUAUGACAACUAAACUGGUAACCACUCCUACUGGCACACAGGCAACCUAUACUCGGCCAACAGUGAGCCCAUCUAUAGGUCGGAUGGCUGCAACCCCUGGAGCUGCAACCUACGUGAAAACUACCAGUGGUAGCAUUAUUACAGUAGUACCCAAAUCAUUAGCUACCUUGGGGGGCAAGAUAAUUAGCAGUAAUAUAGUUUCUGGAACGACUACCAAAAUCACUACAAUCCCCAUGACUUCCAAGCCCAAUGUGAUUGUUGUGCAAAAGACUACAGGAAAAGGAACGACCAUUCAAGGCCUCCCGGGCAAAAACGUUGUCACAACGUUGCUAAAUGCUGGAGGAGAAAAGACUAUUCAGACGGUGCCAACAGGAGCAAAGCCAGCUAUUAUCACUGCUACAAGACCCAUCACCAAAAUGAUUGUAACUCAGCCAAAAGGUAUAGGUUCCACAGUUCAACCAGCAGCUAAAAUCAUCCCAACAAAAAUUGUUUAUGGGCAGCAAGGGAAAACACAGGUUCUUAUUAAACCCAAACCAGUGACGUUUCAGGCGACAGUUGUUAGUGAACAAACAAGGCAACUGGUCACAGAAACAUUACAACAAGCAUCCAGGGUGGCAGAGGCUGGUAAUUCAUCUAUUCAAGAAGGAAAGGAAGAACCACAGGGUUAUACAGAUAGUAGUUCCUCUUCUACAGAGUCCUCCCAAAGUUCCCAAGAUUCCCAGCCUGUAGUUCAUGUAAUUGCUUCCCGGCGUCAGGAUUGGUCAGAACAUGAGAUUGCAAUGGAGACUAGCCCCACCAUAAUUUAUCAGGAUGUAUCCAGUGAAUCACAAUCAGCUACUUCAACAAUCAAAGCUCUGUUAGAACUCCAACAGACAACAGUGAAGGAAAAAUUGGAAUCUAAACCAAGACAACCCACUAUUGACCUGAGUCAAAUGGCAGUGCCUAUUCAGAUGACCCAGGAAAAGAGACAUUCUCCUGAAAGCCCAUCAAUUGCGGUGGUAGAGUCAGAACUAGUUGCUGAAUACAUCACUACUGAGCGCACUGAUGAGGGGACAGAGGUUGCUUUUCCCCUUCUAGAUGCUGUGGUGAUUUCUGGAGAAAUAUCAUCAUCACCUCCUCUAUUUUCAGUCAGCCACCGCUCCCAGCCCCAACAGCCCUCCCAGCCUCAGCGGACCCUUCUCCAGCAUGUGGCUCAGUCACAGACUGCAACACAGACAUCCGUGGUGGUGAAGUCCAUCCCAGCUUCUUCCCCUGGAGCAAUCACCCACAUAAUGCAGCAGGCAUUAAGCAGUCACACUGCUUUUACCAAACACAGCGAGGAACUUGGAACUGAGGAGGGCGAGGUUGAAGAGAUGGACACUUUAGACCCUCAGACAGGUCUGUUUUAUCGAUCUGCCCUGACUCAGUCACAGUCAGCUAAACCGCAGAAACUUAGCCAGCCACAGCUGGAACAGACUCAGCUGCAAGUGAAAACUCUGCAGUGCUUCCAGACUAAACAGAAGCAGACCAUCCACCUGCAGGCAGACCAGCUCCAGCACAAACUCCCGCAAAUGCCCCAGCUUUCCAUCAGGCAUCAGAAACUCACCCCUCUCCAGCAAGAACAAGCACAGCCCAAGCCAGAUGUACAGCACACACAGCAUCCCAUGGUGGCCAAAGACAGGCAGCUUCCUACCUUAAUGGCACAGCCCCCCCAGACUGUAGUACAGGUGCUUGCAGUGAAAACCACGCAGCAGCUCCCUAAACUGCAGCAGGCUCCGAACCAACCAAAAAUCUACGUGCAACCCCAAACCCCCCAGAGCCAAAUGCCGCUCCCAGCCUCUUCAGAGAAACAGCCGGCAAGCCAGGUGGAGCAGCCAAUUAUAACCCAAGGAUCCUCUGUUACAAAGAUAACUUUUGAGGGGCGCCAGCCUCCCACAGUUACAAAGAUAACUGGUGGCAGUUCUGUGCCUAAGUUGACAUCACCAGUUACAAGCAUAUCUCCCAUUCAGGCCUCUGAGAAGACAGCAGUGUCAGACAUUUUGAAAAUGUCUUUGAUGGAAGCUCAGAUUGAUACAAAUGUAGAGCAUUUGGUAGUGGAUCCCCCAAAGAAGGCUCUUGCCACUAGUGUGCUCACUGGUGAAGCAGGAUCAUUACCCUCCACCCAUGUGAUGGUGGCAGGGAUGGCGAAUUCCACUCCCCAGCAACAGAAGUGUAGAGAGUCCUGUUCAAGUCCAUCUGCUGUUGGCCCUUCCCUAACAACAAGGAAAAUCGAUGCACCAGGAGUGCCUGCGACAGGCCAGUUCAUGCGUAUUCAGAAUGUAGGCCAAAAGAAAGCUGAAGAGAGCCCAGCAGAAAUUAUCAUCCAGGCCAUUCCCCAGUAUGCUAUUCCUUGCCACUCCAGCUCCAAUGUGGUCGUAGAGCCCAGCGGGCUCCUUGAACUGAACAAUUUCACCAGUCAGCAGUUGGAUGAUGAUGAGACGGCCAUGGAGCAGGACAUAGACAGUAGCACAGAGGAUGGAACUGAACCCAGCCCCUCUCAGAGUUCUGCUGAGCGAUCCUAGUGUUUUGGACACAGGAGUGCACUUUAAAACCUACUUGGUUACCAAGUGUCCAGGGAAGCCCUUGUAAUUUUGAUGUCUAAAGAGAGCACUUUGCCCAUGCUUAGACUGUGGACCCUGAAACAGCAGUGUUUCAACAAGAAUUGCUGCAGGAGUAGCAUUUUAAAACAAGAUAAAACUCACAGGGGAAUGUACUUUUUUUUAGAAAAAGAAAAAAGAUGCACAUCUACAGCGACAUAAGACCUGAUAUUCUUUCUCUAUUGGACCAUGGCUAAUGGAAAAGUUUGUCUUGCAGUGGAAAGAGACUUUUCCUGUGAAUGUUCCUCAACUGGUUUCUACUGAGCAAACACCAUCAAAAAAAGGAGAAUGUGAAUAGUUUGUAUUUUGAAACAGUGUGUCAGAAACAUUUUUGUUUUUUUUAAAAAAUCUUGUAUGUUUUUGCAAAUCCCUGCAAGUGCUGAAUUGGUUAACAUUUUACAUCUCCUCAGUUCAUAUCUUAUAAAAUAACUAGUUCUUUGAUACUGGCAUUAAAGAAUCCUUGUUAGAUGGUGGAAAUCAGGUCCCUCCACCAGUGGGAAGUGCUUCUUUGGGUGGUUUGUACAUUCUCACCAGUUGUAUGCUAAUUUAUUGUGUUGUUGUUCCUUUGUGCUCUAGGCAGCACACUUGCUUUCUAUUUAUUUAAAUGUAAACAUUUCAAAGCAGGCCAUAUUCCUUCUGACAAAUUUCCUGUAAGCCAGGAUUGUUUACCCUUUCCACCUCCCACCCCGCCCCCUUUCUCCUUUAAGAAAACUGAUGAGAAAAUGUUUCAUUGUGAAACAGAGGAAAAGAAAUAUUCUCUAGUCCAAAGGAAAUGUUCAGUUAUGUUCAGGAAAACAAGUUAUUCAUAUGAUGCUAUCUUAACACUGAAAUUGCACAUUCAUGUUGGACUGAGACUUUGAAAAUAACUUUUAAAUACCUUUGUUUAACCCCCUUUGAAAUGUAUAAAAAGUUCAUUUACAGUUCUAAAUGUAAUGUUUUUAAGCAUUCUACCUUUUUAGGACAUGAUUUGUUUAAGCAAUAUGUUUGGGUCUUGUGAUCACUGUCUGUCACAAGUAGAGUGAAGGGUAAGAGGGUGGGAACGGGUAAAAGUCAGUUUUGACAAGUUGUGGCAAAGGAAACUAUACUUUUCAUUUUUUAAAAAAAUGUAAAUAGAAAAGUUUUUAACGGUUUUAUAUAGAUUUCACUAUAAGCAUUUUAAGACUGACAAAUGUUGAACUGUAUAUACAUAUAUCAGCAUAACUGCCCAAUUUUUUGGUGCUGAAGUACUGUAAAGUAGAAUUCUUCGAUGGUCUCCUAAUUUUUACAUCUAUAUCUGGAAAAAAAAACCCAACUGUGAUCCUAUAAUUAAUAAAUUCCCACUAGAGUGACACUGAAGAUUUAAACACAGGCAUUCACAGAUGCACUGAUUUCUUGUAGUUGUCAUUAUUUCUGCUACACGAUAAUGACUUAUACCCAUAGAUGGAGCUGUUGGGUAUUAUUUUAUUGUACAAAUUCCUGUUUAAAAGACUUUGUGAUUGUUUCUAGUUAAGUAAUUUUUUUAACCUUUUGGGUCAUAGACUUCUUUGAAAAUCUGACGACACUUUGAACUCUCACCAAAAAGAGUGAAAACUCUCACAUGCCAAUAUACAUGUUAGGUUUUGCAAUCUUUAGGGGUUCAUGGGCCUCUAAGCCUAUCUAUGUGUUCCAGGUUAAGCCCUCUGUUAACGGUCAGUCCAUUACUUACAGAUGUAAGUUUUUAUAAAAUAAAAUAUCUUUUAAAUAUUCGUGGAUCAGGUAACAGCAAACUUGAAUAAAGUCACUAUGUUCUACUUCUGCA